AUGGCACCUUAUGAAGCCUUAUAUGAAAGACCAUGUCGCUCCCCCGUGUGUUGGGCUGAAGUCAGAGAUAAAUCAUUGUUGGGGCCUGAAAUUGUACAGUUGGCUACUGAAAAGAUUAAAACUAUUCGGGAAAGAUUGAAAACCGCUCAAAGCAGACAAAAGAGUUAUGCGGAUAACCGACGAAGAGAUUUGGAAUUUGAGAUGGGUAGCCACGUGUUUGUAAAGGUCACUCCGAUGAAGGGCCACCCCAGAUUCGGAAAAAGGCGUAAGUUAACGCCCCGAUAUGUGGGUCCAUUCCAAGUUCUGGAGAAAGUGGGUUCAGUGGCGUACCGAGUUGCUCUUCCACCAAGCAUGAGCCAAGUACAUAAUGUAUUUCAUGUGUCGAUGCUUCAAAGUUACCUUCCAGUUCCGUCUCAUGUUAUAGAUUACCAUCAAAUCACCUUGGAUGAUAAGUUAACCUAUGAUGAAAAGCCAAUUCGGAUUUUAGAUCGGCAAGUGAAGCAGCUACAGAAUCGAGAAAUCCCAAUCACAAAAGUUGAAUGGCAGGAACAUUACGAGACCGAAGCUACUUGGGAAAAAGAAGACAAAAUGCAGCACUAA